AUGUUAACAAAAGUGAUUUUAAUCGUAAGUGUAGCCUUUGUGGCUUUAACCUCCGCCCGUCCUGGCUAUUUGCAUGGUCAUCAUCAUGCCCAUUUGGAUUAUCCUUUGCUGCAUCAUGAGCCUCUGCAUGUGGCCAAAUAUGUUCAUGUACCCGCAGCAAUAUCCCACCAAAGUUCAACAGUUAUCCAUAGUGCUCCCAUUAUUAAGCCGAUCGUAGUGCCAGUGGUUAAACAUGUGCUGCCCAUAGUAAAGACCUAUCAUCCUGCACCCAUUAUCAAUACCAUACAUUCAGCUCCUCUGCACUAUGAUCCCUUCUAUCAUCAUCAUUUCGAUCAUCAUGAUUUGCAUCAUUAUCAUUAA